AUAACUCUUCUUCUGAACCAAUUAAACCAAAUAAAUUCUAAAAAGGAAGACCAUUCAACACCCCCAAUUUAUUAAUGCUGCACUCUGUACUUUUGUUUCUCUCGUUUAUCGAAAAAAGCUUUUCUCUCACCUUUUCUUUUGGAUGUUUUCAUUUCAUGCUUCCCCACCUUGUUUUUUUCCCCUCUUCUUCUUAGACCUCCCACUUCUAUUAUCACAGAAUAGAAUCACAAACAUUUUUGCCAACCCAUUAUACCAUUUUCCCUCUAUCUAUCUAUUCUUCUACCUUUGCUUGAUUCAUUUAUUCAUUCAUUAUAUAUAAAUAUAGCUUUUUAGGUUACUUAUUAAGGCUGCUGAUUCUUUAAGAGAAGAUUUUGCAUGUUCUUCCAUUAGUUGUAGAAAUAUGAAGAAUCCAACUUGGCACAAUCCUUUGGAGAAAUUAGGAAACAAAUUUCUUUCCUUUUAAACUCUCCAAAUCUUUAUGCAAUUACACCCACCACCACCUCAAGCAGCAGGCAAAAGAAGAAAACAAUCUCUCUUUUCUCUUCUGUUGGGUAUUUUUUUAAGAGGCUUAGCCACCAUUAUUGGGCUUCUAGUUUCCUCCAUGGCAACCAAGAUGAAAGGAAUCUAUAAAAGCUUCAAAUUUAUCUCCCAAAUCUUUGUUGUGAAGGAGCGAGAGAUGGAAAUUGGGUACCCAACAGAUGUUAAACAUGUGGCACAUAUUGGAUGGGAUGGCCCAUCUGGUAGUGCACCCAGUUGGAUGAAUGAUUUCAAAUCUAGAUCAGAUUUCUCAGCAACAUCACUUGGUAACAAUGGAGUUAGUGAGGGAAAUGAUUCCAAUUCUAUAGCCCUUUCCACGUGGUCUUCUCAAGAUUUUGAGCAAUCCUUGAGUCGCCAACCUGUAUCCGAGAUGUUCACCGAUCUUCCUCCAAACGAACUCCCGAAUAUUCCCAAGAAUCCCAAGCGGAAGAAGAGCAAAUCAAGUUCGUCUACAGGCUCAGCAUCGUCCUCAUCGAGAGGUUUUCGGUUGACAAAACCAAAGGCUACACACAACAACAUGGAGGCAUCACCAAAUCUGCAGCUAAUUUGAUUCAUAACUUUAGUUCAUAGAAAUUCACAAGGGCAAGAAUGAAAAGUCUUCAAAACUUGAACAUAGAUAGUUAUUUGUGUACAUUUUGGAAUUGGAAAGAAAGGGUAUGGAUAAUGGGGCUGCAUAUAAAGGGGAUUAGAGAGAGAUUUGUGGAAGAAAAGGGUGUGAAUGUGUUGGGCUGAGUCGUCAUAUAGACUUUUUGGUGGUUUGAUUAGUGAUGGUAUUUAUUUGCUAAGCUGAUAUUUGGACUAGAACGCCAUAAAUUUUUACUUGUAAAUUAUCAGCAAUUAAACACCAUUAUUAGUAUCCACCACCACCAAGAGAUAACAUUUCACAAUCUGAUAACAUCUUUGGAUUGACA